AUGGGAACUGCCAGCGACGAGAUGGCUUCGGUGGAGCAGGCUUCCUCCUCCGUAAACCCGCUGUGUUCUGAGUGCGGCCAGCAUCACUGGGCGAGAGAAAACCACCUGUAUAACUACCAGGAUGAGGUGGACGAUGACCUGGUCUGCCACAUUUGCCUUCAGCCUCUGUUGCAGCCGUUGGACACACCCUGUGGCCACACCUUCUGUGACAAGUGCCUCAGAAACUUUCUCCAGGAGAAAGACUUCUGUCCCCUGGACCGGAAGAGACUCCACUUAAAGUUGUGCAAGAAAUCUAGUAUUCUCGUUCAUAAACUGCUAGACAAGUUGUUAGUCCUGUGCCCAUUUUCUUCAAUGUGCCAAGAUGUGAUGCAGCGUUGUAACCUGGAGUCACACCUUAAAAACAGGUGCCCUGGGGCUGCUGAUCACCGACUUGCCCUAGAAAAACGAAAAAGGAACAAAACUCAGCCAGAGGUUGAGAUUGAGAAUGGACCCGCCAUCAUAGACCUCCCUGGUACGGUAUCACCAGAAGCCAUCUGUCUGGGGACAGGACUCGUGCCAGCGGAGCGGAACCUGACCCCCGCGCCUCUCCCUGCCUGGACGGAGGAGCCCGGCCUCGACAACCCUGCCUUCGAGGAGAGCACCGCAGCUGACACCGUGCAACAGCCACUGAGCUUACCCGAAGGAGAAAUCACCACGAUUGAAAUUCACCGAUCGAAUCCUUAUAUUCAGUUAGGAAUUAGCAUUGUGGGCGGUAAUGAAACACCACUGAUUAAUGUCGUAAUCCAGGAAGUCUACCGGGACGGGGUCAUCGCCAGAGACGGAAGGCUCCUUGCUGGAGACCAGAUUCUUCAGGUCAACAGCUAUGACAUCAGCAAUGUGUCGCACAACUACGCCAGGGCCCUGCUGUCCCAGCCCUGCAGCUCACUGCAGCUGACUGUGCUCCGAGAGCGCCGCUUUGCCAGCCGCGCCCACUCAGACAGCGGCUCCCCGCGAGAAGAGGUUUUCCACGUGGUCCUCCAUAAGCGGGACUCCAGUGAACAGCUCGGCAUUAAGUUGGUGCGGAGGACAGAUGAGCCGGGCGUUUUCAUCCUGGACUUGCUAGAAGGGGGCUUGGCUGCCCAGGAUGGACGGCUCAGCAGUAAUGACAGGGUGCUGGCCAUCAAUGGGCACGACCUGAACCUCGGGACACCUGAGCUGGCCGCCCAGAUCAUUCAGGCCAGUGGAGAGCGGGUGACCUUAACCAUCUCAAGGCCGGGGAAGCUGCAGCCAGCCAACCCUCACCGAGAGGCAUGGAACCUGGCCAGUGCCCAGCACCAUUCUCAGCAGCUGAACCCCGUCAGACCCAGCUCUCAUAAGGAUCUUGCCCAAUGUGUCACAUGCCAAGAAAAACACGUUACUGUGAAGAAGGAGCCCCACGAGUCCCUGGGGAUGACGGUGGCGGGAGGCAGAGGAAGUAAGAGUGGAGAACUGCCCAUCUUUGUGACCAGCGUGCCCCCUCACGGCUGUCUGGCCCGAGAUGGCAGGAUCAAGCGAGGUGAUGUGUUGCUUGAUAUCAAUGGGGUCGACCUGACCAAUUUGAGUCACAGCGAGGCUGUGGCCAUGCUGAAGGCCAGCGCUGCCUCCCCAACUGUGGUCCUCAAAGCCCUGGAGGUCCAGGUUCUUGAGGAGCCGGCCCAGACCACCGAGGAGCAGCCGAGCACACUCAGCGAGAACGAGUAUGACGCCAGUUGGUCCCCAUCCUGGGUCAUGUGGCUGGGGCUCCCAAGUGCCCUUCACAGCUGCCAUGACAUCGUUUUACGAAGAAGCCACCUGGGGAGUUGGGGCUUCAGCAUCGUUGGCGGGUAUGAGGAGAACCACACCAACCAGCCUUUCUUCAUUAAAACGAUCGUCCUGGGAACACCGGCUUACUACGACGGAAGGUUAAAGUGUGGAGACAUGAUCGUAGCUGUCAAUGGCCUGUCCACCGCAGGCAUGAGUCACUCAGCGCUGGUCCCCAUGCUGAAGGAGCAGAGGUCCAGAGUCACCCUGACCGUCACCUGCUGGCCUGGGAGCCUCGUGUAG